AGAAACCUAUGAAGAGAUUGGAAUACUACCAACAGAUGUGGACAUACUAGGGCAAGAUGUGACACUUCCGAACAAAGAUCUCACGAUGCAUGUAUUUUCAUUCAUUGGAUUUAUCAAAUAUCCCAUUGAUGUUAACGAGAUUAAGUAUAACGAGAGUGAAGUAUCGAGUGUAUUCACGGUGGCUCUGAAAGACCUAUUGGAUCCUGAGAAGAAGAUCUUUAAGCAAUUUAGAGAUUCAAAUAUCAAAUAUCCGGUUUUUAAAACUCCAGCGCUGGUAGGACUUGAUAUAUGGGGCCUCACAGCUUUUAUUUUGGACACUCUACGUCGAUAUCGUAUAGGCGUGUUAAGAAGAUUAACUGACCCGUCGUUAAUAAAGGGAAGGAAAUAUCAAUAA